UAUUUAAAUAAUAAAUUAUUAAAUAUUAUUACUUUAUUUUUUUUUAAUUAAACAGAUAAAAAUUAAUUAAAAAAUAAUUUCUGUAAUAAAUAUAAUUUAAAAUUAAUGACCUGUACUGUGUUUUGUCUUCUUCUCCUUCCUUUCUCUUUCUCACCUUUUUUUGCUGACAUGCAUGUUGCGUGUUCAGCUAACACAGCACGUGAAGUGCAAAAGGGGGUGUAAAAGGUCACCAUCUUUUGUUUUUAAUGUUGAACCCGUCCACAGAUGACAGACGUAGGUCUAAAGUCUACUUUGUCUCUGUACUUUGUUGCAGCUAUGGCAUACUGCUCCCUGUUGUCCACUCGGUUCAGUAAUAAUACAUUUACCUACAUUAAUUUAUUAUUUAAUAUACUAUACAUUUAAUAUACAUACUAUACUUAGUUAUAUAGCCAAGAUAUCCCUACAUCCAAACCAGACCCAAACCAGUUUAAAAAAAUGGAAAGACAAAGUAGGGUAUGACCACCACCACUUGAGGCAACAAUGGGUAAAUAUGUUGUUUUUGUUGGUAGAGAGCCUGGUAUAUACACAACUUGGCAUGAUUGCAACCGGCAGGUUUAUGGAUUCCCUGAUUUAGAUUUCAAAAAAUACCCCUUGUGAGGAUGCUGCUAGCGCGUGGAUGUGUUUUUUGGCCGAUGGAGGUAUGAGGAAGUUUCCUCAUAGAGGAGCAGCAAGGCCAAUGGGACAUGUUCACUGGGAGGGGGAUUUACACUUUGGCCCCUCCCCUUUGUCCACUGCUACAUCUGGAGGCUUGGAUGAGCCUUUGAAAGAGUCAUCCUCUGAAAAGCACAGGCUCGAGAUUUCAAAUGCUCAACCAAGAAACAACAUGUGGGCUUCCAUGUGUUGUAUUUUGUUUGGUAUUUUUCUUGAAAUGAUGCUGACAUCAUAUGUGCUUUCUUAAAUCUUAGUUAUGUAAUAUGUAAUCUUCCAUUUUCAUGUUAAAUGUGUUUUGUAUGUCUGUGUGUUGUGUUGUGUUGGAUCCAAGUUUUAUUGUAAUGUGUAAUAUAUAUUUAAUUUAAAUUGUGUGUUUGGAAAAGUAUGCCUGUUUAAUUUAAUUUAAUUUAAUGUUAAUUAAUAUUAAAUGAUAAUAUUGACUGAUUGUGGAUUGUGGGUCCUCAGUUCAAAGUUAGAAUUGAAGUGGUUAUGUGUUGCUGAUCGUGGGGUCCCAUGGUCCUGCUUAGAAAAUUCUAGUCCUUUUGUAACUAUCUAGUUCAAGUGAAAGUGACUGGGCCUGAUUGGUGACAAACCCAACAAAGUGACAAAGUAUACUAUUAGUAAUAUUAAUUUGGUUUUCAGUUUUCAACACUCAAUCACAAUCCUCUGAAGAUACUAGGAGGGAUUUUAGGAUUUGAGACUCUUACCCAACAUAGUGACAAAGUGUACUAUUAGUAAUAUUAAAUUGGUUUCCGGUUUUCAACCCUCAAUCACAAUCCUCUGAAGAGUAAGAGAGGUAAGAGUAAGAUACUAGGAGGGAUUUGAGGAUUUGAGACUCUUACCUCAUUACCCUACUUUUACUCUUGAGUCUUGCUGAACCUUUUUUGGAAUUUGGCUAACUACUCUAUUUCGUGUAAGUCAUGGCUGGAUAUGAACCUGGAAAGUUGGCUGAGGAUGAACCUAGCCUUAAUACUCCAUUGGAUGGAGGGGAAGGAAGCUUAGAUACGAUGACAAACAUUGGAGUUCAUGAGGCUAGGGUGGUGGAGCCUUUUGAUCCAAUCUGCAGUGAUGUUAAAGAGAUUAGCACUGCUGUUAUUGGUCUUGCUGGUUCGGUGAAAGCUGCCUUGCUGAAGUUCCAAAGUGUAGACGCUCGGCUAGAGGAAUUUCAAACCAUCCCGGCUGGGAUGCAAGCUAAUAUGGUCAGGGUAGACAAGUAUUUGAGCAUGGUUGAGCAACCAGUUGUAACAAAAGCACAUCCUAAAGGGACUGCAUCUGCUGUUGCUAUUAAAUCUAAAGGCAAUGCAUUUGAAGCUAAAGGUGGUACUCAGUCUAAGGGGCCAACUGCAUCUGCUGCUGGUAUUAAGGCGAAAGGCAUUGCAUUGGAGGCUAAAGGUGGUAGUCAGUCUAAGGGGACAAUUGCAUCUUGGAAUUCUAGAUCCCUUAGAACAAAUGUCCUGCACGAUGCUGGGACAAUCGAUUAGAACAUCAUGUGACAGAAAAGCAUGAACACAAAAACAACUGAAAGAAACAAGACACAGAAAGUUGUUAACCCAGUUCGGUGAAACUACACCUACGUCUGGUUAGCUUUCGCCCAAUGAAAAGGAAUUCCACUAUCUCAAGAUCUAGGUAUUACAGACACACAUGAACACAUCAAGUUCAUUGUUCUUAACCUAAUCUACCCAGUGGUCUUCUACUUAGAACCACAGCCUAAGUAUGAGAGCCCCUCUCACUUUUCCUCAAUCACUGCCACAGUGAUUGGUAAUAACAAUAAUACAAGGUUUGUUUGACACUCAAACACAACACAGAACUCAGUCUCACCUUAUAGAAUCAGUGAGCAAGACUAGUUCACAACUAACAAAGACAAAGAAAAACUUACACUCUUAAGAAUACUUGAUCUUCAAGGUAAUUCUCUCGAUCACGUCAAGCUUCAGGUCUUCGUCUAUAUAUACUUCAGCAGAGACGGCUAGGGUUUGUUUGGGCUGAAGAACACUUUGAUCCAACUCAUAUCAGUAAAGAAUCUUCCAAAAUCUGAUAUGAGUUCUCAACAAAUAAAAUAGAAACAAAUCUUUUAAUCACAGAUUUGUUCCAACAAUAAACAACCCGCAAUUGGCUCCCAACAAUCAGUUACUUGACCUUCAAGUAAGCACAAACCGUACCAUAAAACAUAACCAUAAGGGACCCACUUGCAUGCCAGCAGGGGCGGAUGUCCUGGCCUUCAUUAAGGCAGAUGUCACGACAUCGGCUA